AUGGCACCUGUUCGGCGUUACCUUCGAAUCAGCAAAUUCUCUGUCCUGGAAUGUCGAAUCUAUCUCGAGAAUCCGUCAGAUUCUCGGUGGCUCCUUGAUAGUCGAGAUCCUGUGCUCCCCCGGAUAUUUGCCGCCAUUCGUCCGUUGGUGCUACCAAAGUUACGAGAGGAAAAUGAAAGGUUAUUCGCUAGGAAGAAAGGGAAGCCGGUCAAAGAUGUGAUAGCUGAAGAUGAGUUCGAGGUCGCCUUAUUCCUUCGCGAAUCUCGCACACGCCACUCACUUUUGACUCGACACAAGACAUUCGAGGGCGCCGGAGACACAGAUAUUCCUGUGAUUCGGUCGGAAGGAGGCGGCGACAAGAUCUUGGUUGAAAGCGACAGUGAAACUGACACCGAUCUGCGCGAUAUCCCGCAAGCGAACACAAGCGACGCCAAUGGCAAGCGCCGCCGAGGGACGGACGUGCAGGGCCCAGGUGGAGAACGCACAUCAAAGCGCCAGAAAGAAACUGAUUCGCCUCUGGAGGAGCUUAGUGCUGACAGCGAUGACAAGAAGCUAGGAUUUCGGACACAGUACGAAGGUUUCAAUAUCUACGGUUGGGUCCUAUGUCUGCUGGUGACGCAAAAGGGCGAUAAGGCGAGAGCUCGGCCAGCCGCUUCUGAUACCUCACGUCAGGCGCUAAUGGAAGAGUGGAUUUCCACUCAGGCUCAGGGAGACUUGGACGAAGAUUGA